AAUUCUUCCUCCCGCAUGUAUUGCUGCAGUGCCCAGGACAGUAAAAUGGACUAUAAGCGGCGCUUCCUGCUUGGCGGGUCCAAGCAGAAGGUGCAGCAGCACCAGCAGUACCCAAUGCCUGAGCUGGGCCGAGCACUGAGUGCUCCCCUGGCAUCUACAGCCACCACCCCCACCCUGGGCAGUCUGACUGCUGCAGGCAGCUGCCACCAUACCAUGCCCCACUCUACUCCCAUUGCUGACAUCCAGCAGGGCAUCUCCAAAUACCUGGAUGCCCUCAAUGUCUUCUGCCGUGCCAGUACUUUCCUCACGGACCUCUUCAGCACUGUGUUCAGGAACUCUCACUACUCCAAGGCAGCCACGCAGCUUAAAGAUGUACAGGAGCAUGUCAUGGAAGCAGCCAGUCGGCUGACCUCAGCCAUAAAGCCUGAGAUUGCCAAGAUGCUGAUGGAACUUAGUGCUGGGGCUGCAAACUUUACAGAUCAGAAGGAAUUCAGCGUCCAGGACAUUGAGGUGUUGGGACGGUGUUUCUUGACAGUGGUGCAAGUCCAUUUCCAGUUUUUGACCCAAGCAUUACAAAAGGUCCAGCCAGUGGCCCACUCUUGCUUUGCCGAAGUUGUUGUACCAGAAAAGAAAAAUAGCAGCAGUGGCAGUGGCUUACCUGGCAUGAGCCACACACCUGAACUGGAGGAAGCUGUGCGAUCCUGGAGGGGGGCUGCCGAGGCAACAUCUAGAUUAAGAGAAAGAGGGUGUGAUGGCUGCCUGGCAGGAAUUGAAGUUCAACAGCUCUUCUGUUCUCAAAGUGCAGCGAUUCCUGAUCACCAGCUAAAAGAACUGAACAUAAAAAUUGAUAGUGCUUUGCAAGCAUAUAAGAUAGCUCUGGAAAGCUUAGGUCACUGUGAAUAUGCAAUGAAAGCUGGUUUCCACCUGAAUCCAAAGGCAAUUGAAGCAAGUUUACAGGGCUGCUGCAGUGAAGUGGAAGCCCACCAGACAGGGCGGAGGCAGACUCCCCCACAGCCCAUGCAGUGUGAACUCCCUACCGUCCCUGUGCAGAUAGGAUCGCACUUCCUGAAAGGUGUCUCCUUUAAUGAGUCAGCCGCCAACAAUUUGAAACUUAAGACGCAUACGAUGUUACAGCUGAUCAAGGAAGCAGGCUGCUAUAAUGGAAUCACCCCAAGGGAUGAUUUUCCUGUGACUGAAGUACUGAACCAGGUUUGCCCAUCAACAUGGCGAGGUGCCUGCAAGACUGCUGUGCAGCUGCUCUUUGGCCAGGCUGGACUGGUAGUGGUUGACACAGCACAGAUUGAAAAUAAAGAAGCCUAUGCUCCCCAAAUCAGUUUAGAAGGCUCUAGAAUCGUGGUUCAAGUUCCAUCCACAUGGUGCCUGAAAGAAGAUCCUGCUACCAUGUCUCUACUGCAGAGAAGCCUUGAUCCUGAGAAGACCCUGGGUCUGGUAGAUGUGCUCUACACGGCUGUGCUGGACCUAAACCGCUGGAGGACAGGGAGGUUGGUGUCUACAUCAGUCACUUGGACGGGCUCUAGAAAUAAUACCUGGCCAAACCGUGACCAAAGUGAUGGAGUCUUUGGGAUGUUGGGAGAGAUUCUGCCUUUUGAUCCUGCAGUGGGCUCAGACCCAGAGUUUGCACGCUACGUGGCAGGAGUCAGCCAGGCAAUGCAGCAGAAGCGGCAAGCCCAGCAUGGUCGCCGCUCAGGCAACCCCCGGGGCAACUGGCCACCCAUGGAUGAUACCCACCAGACCUGGCCUUUACCAGAGUUCUUCACAGAAGGGGAUGGCCUACCCAGUGGCUGGUCGGGUGCUCAGGGAGACUCAGCCAGCUCAAGUGACGAGACAUCCUCCGCCAAUGGAGACAGUUUGUUCUCCAUGUUUUCAGGGCCUGACCUCGUUGCUGCUGUCAAGCAGAGAAGGAAACACAGCAGUGGAGAGCAGGAGACCAGCAUGCUGCCCUCACCACCUCUUCUUACUACCAUGGAGGACAUGAACCAGGAUAACAAAACCAAAACGUGGCCACCCAAAGCACCCUGGCAACACUCUUCCCCGCUGCCCAGCACACUGCCCAGUCCAAGCACACCUCUCUACGCAGUGGCCAACCCCAGCAGCCAAUGGAAUGACACGAUGCAGAUGCUGCAGUCUCCAGUGUGGGCUGCGACCAGUGACUGCAGCACCGCGUCCUUUCCCUACGUGCAGCCCCCACCGCAGCCCCCACCCUCACCAGCACACAAGGCAGCAUCCAAGGGCUCUGAGGCCUUCCCUGAGAAGGCUGAGCACAGGCCAGCCUACUUGCCCCAGUACUGA